UCUGCGGCUCUGGAAGAGCCUGAGCCUCUUGAGGAGUAACAUUUCCCCCUUUUACGCUGAUACGGCUGUCCGAUAGUUUCUCUAAUUGUUGAGGAUCUGAACAAGUUGCUGUCAGGAGGCCCAUAAGAAAGAUUGCCCACCGGCCUGUGCGGGACUGCUCUUACUCCCAAGAAGGAAAUUAGUAGUGAAAAGCGGGAGAGAAUCAGGAGUGGGAAGGAACGGAAGGGGGAGAAAGGAAACGGUUGGUGUUUUCAGGGGUACUGAGAACAGAAGGCAAUUCCAGUGAGCGGGCAGCGAAAGAUUUGCUUGAGGUCAUUCCAUGCAGGAACCUCCAUCCAUACGUUGCAAAGCCUUUAGGAGCAAUGAUUGUGUCGAGGGUGCUGUGAUUCUGGGCUACUGGAGCUUGAGGACAUCACAUGAAGUCCCUGGUCAUUGCUUUGCUGGAGCUUCUUUUGCGACAGAGGACUUCUGCUGCCCGCCUGGUGACACUCCAUCAGAGAUGAACGCAGGCCUGCCUUUGUAGCAAGGAGGCCCGAGGAAAGAGUGAGCGCUUCCACCGCCUCACCAUGGUGCUUCCACCCCCGGACAAGCGGCAUGUGUGUCUCACCACUAUUGUUAUAAUGACCAGCAUGGCAUUCAUGGAUGCUUAUCUGGUGGAGCAGAACCAGGGGCCCCGUAAGAUUGGCGUCUGCAUCAUCGUCCUGGUAGGAGACAUCUGCUUUCUGAUUGUGCUGCGCUAUGUGGCUGUCUGGGUGGGGGCUGAGGUCAAAACGGCCAAGCGUGGCUAUGCUAUGAUUCUGUGGUUCCUCUACAUCUUUGUACUGGAAAUCAAACUCUACUUUAUAUUCCAGAACUACAAGGCUGAUAAGAGAAACCUGGAGACAGUGGCCAGGAAGGCCCUGACCUUGCUGCUCUCCAUCUGCGUGCCAGGACUAUACUUGGUGCUCGUGGCUUUGGACAGCAUGGAAUACAUCCGCACUUUCCGGAAGAAGGAGGACUUGCGAGGAAGGCUCUUCUGGGUAGCCUUGGACCUCCUGGAUAUCUUGGACAUUCAAGCCAACCUGUGGGAGCCGCACAAGACGGGGCUGCCCAUCUGGGCAGAAGGACUCAUGUUCUUCUACUGCUACAUCCUUCUCUUGAUCCUCCCUUGCGUUUCGCUCAGCGAAAUCAGCAUGCAAGGGGAGCACAUUGCUCCGCAGAAAAUGAUGCUCUACCCUGUCCUGAGCCUGGUGACCAUCAACGUCGUCACCAUCUUCAUCCGCGCCAUCAACAUGGUCUUGUUCCAAGACAGCAGAGUCUCCACCAUCUUCAUCGGCAAGAACAUCAUCGCCAUCGCCACCAAAGCCUGCACUUUCCUCGAGUACAAGAAGCAGGUGAAGGAGUUCCCGCAGAACGCCAUUGCGCUUGAGCUGCAGCAGAACUCGGUGCCCCACAACCAGACGGUCCACAGUUCACAGGGCAUUACUCAUGAGCAGUCGCCCGCCAGGGAGAUCUUGGACACAUGA